AAUGGUAACAGACGUGCAGCUGGCCAUAUUUGCCAACAUGCUUGGCGUGUCAUUGUUCCUGCUGGUUGUGUUAUAUCACUACGUCGCUGUCAAUAACCCUAAGAAGCAGGAGUAGAGUCCCACAAUAUGGCCGAAGAGAUGAGAUGGGGAUCAAAGCCACCACCUUGGAAACAACAUUCCCUGUCUUCCCACCUUCUUUCCUGGAAUUUCUAUGUUGUAAUGAUUGCACAGUAAUGUUUUUUUUCUAAUAAAAAUGUGUGAAGUCCA